AAUCACAUUCAUCGCAGAUCUGAAAUUCGCAACGAGCUGGCCGGCGAUCUCGCCAUGGAUGGUUGCAGAGCUGUCCUUACUGGAGACAUGCAAUGUCACGAGGCGACGAUGAGUAACAGCAGCUGCGACUCUGAUCAUCUUCACCGCGAGAGGGGAGAGCAAGGCUUGAUCAGCUCGCAGCUUCAGCAGCAGCUGGAACAGAUCUACAUGCUGAUGGACAUGGAGCUAGAGCAUGAGCUGCACCUGCACCACAACGUGCCACCGCAGGGCUGUAGCCAGCGGCAGCUGUCGUCGCCGUUCCUGCCUUUCGCCGUCAGCUCCGAUGUGACCUCGUCGCCCGUGCUCACGUCGUCGAGCACCACAACCUUUUGUCAACAGCCAGCCGAGGCCUCACCCUCACCCCUGGACACGCCAUUUUCCCCACUCCCCUACAGCUACUCUGACACGAUCCCGGACCUGGAAGAGAUCAUGAGCCGACCACGGCACAAGGACGGCCAUGCGGAGUCCGGCACCAGUGCAUUCAGGCAGUACGUCCGGCACCUCCGCCCCAAGAAGAAGCUAAAGCAGGGCGGCUGCGGGCAGAGGGCGAUCAAGACGGCCAUGUCGGUCUUGGCGAGAAUGCACAGCUCUAGGCUUUCCCAGUGGCAGAGGCAGAUCUCCUCGACGGAGAUGGCGGCGGCAGUGCCGUCCGACGAGAGCAAAAACAUCCAGCUUCUGCACGUCCGGUCGGAGCGCAAGCGCCGUGAGAAGAUUAACGACAGCUUCGAGGCUCUCAAGAAUGCGUUGCCCCCUUCCUGCUGCAAGCGAGAUAAAACAUCCAUACUGAUGAGGGCAAGGGACUACAUAAACUCUCUCAAGUCCAGGGUGUCUGAGCUUGAGGAGAACGGCAAGGUACUAGAAUCACAGCUAUGCAGUAGCCGAGGAGACAACGGAGGACCAUUGCCGUAAUGCCAUGGAUGCUGGAGCUAGUAGAAUAGAACCCUGCAGCGUCUGAAACAGGUAUAUAUGGACACAGAUUGCUCCAGGAAAGGCUUCUCAAUAAUCCGCCAUAACGUUGCAGUUGAAGAAAAUGUUUUGGUCUAAUAGAGUAAAUUAGACAUACAUGUGCCAUUUAAAUUUAAAGGUAUCUUUGUAAACUGUAUUAUUACUUUCUUUUUAAAUGCCAAUGAAAGAUACAAUUUAAGGUUU